AUGAAGUCCACAACAGCAAUUAGGCUUUUUAUCCCGCUCUUCCUUGCCAUCCUCUCUGCCGCAUUUAAACCUACACCGCCGCCUACUGCGAGCAUGGAGGUGCCAUGGACGCGUGGAAGCAGGACCUACCCAGCAUGGGAUGAUUGCGCUGAGAGCCCCCUCCCGGACCCGGUUGGGUGCUGGGGUGAGCUUAAUCCCGACUGGAUGACGAAGACCGAUCCCGAAAGCUUCAGUGACCGAGUCGAGGCGGAUGCGGACAAAUCCUCGGACCCUGUGUGUCUAACCGGGAUAGUCAUCACAACUACUGGUGGGAGGAACGGCAUGUCGACGACGGCGGCGGCUGCGAGAAUGGCGAGGGAUGUUCCGCGUUCAAGUUUGACUCCGAUUACGACUUCGAUGGCUAGCAUCAUGACCAAGUCGUACCCACCCUUCGAAACUACCUUCUGUCCCAAAAAGUUCAACAAGAAGGGCACAGACCUCUGCAGCAACAAAUGCAUGUACCAAUACAUGAAACCCGUCGCCUCCGGCAAGUACAAUGAGUACGUUUACACGAAAGCACACUGGGGCGACUCGAAAGGCUUGUUUCUCCCCGAAGCAGUGCGUGACAACAACAACAACGACGAAACGGGAAAAACCAACAGCAGCACAAGCACGGGCACCCCCACCAAGACACUCAACGACGGCUGGAUGUCGUACAACGACUUCUACGCCCGCUACACCGAUGCCAGACAUAUCAAGGGCGGCCCACGGCCCGGUCCCGCGACAACGACGGCGACGAAGACCGUCACGUCGCGCAGACCCACCACGACUCACACGCCCGAAUGCUUCAACUCCUACAGUUGCUGGGACAUCUGCGAGACGCAGAAGCGCCACAAACACAUCUUCACUAUAGUGGUAAUAUCAGUGUUUGCGGCCGGCAGCGGGUUUGCGCUGUUGGGCAUGGCGAUGAGCUUGUAUUUGCAGAGCCGGAGGAAUCGUGCCAAGGACAGGAAAGCGAGGGACGAGGGGAAGCCGGCGAAGGAUAAGAGUGAGAAGAGGAAGAUGUGGAUGGGGAAGGGGAAGGGAAAGGGGAAGGGAAAGGAGAGGGCUGUCGAGGGGAGUGUGGAUGGCGUGGUGGAAGCACGUGAAGACGUUCCGCUGGACGUGUUUGUUGCGGGGAAUGCGAGGUCUGCGAGGGCUGCGAGGGUCACGGGAAGUAGUGUGUAUGAAGAGGAUGGGGAGGAGAGCGCGAUGAGGAGGGUUUGAGUUGGAUGGGUGCCUGGCAGCUCGUUGGGUGGUGAAGGUUAAAGGCGGAGAGUGCUGGAUUUAUGACUGAGAGG